ACCGAGUCGCUGUGUGAAUCACGUUCGAACGAGUUCCCCGAGAAGAUCCCCGAUGGCUCGCUGCGGCGUUGGAGGAGCCGGGAGUGGGUGUCAAUAUAAAGUGACGGCCAUAUUUGCCGGUGCCGCUGUUGUAAACAAAAAGUGAGAGACGGACGCUUCACUGAAUUUCGGGUCAUUUUUCUUUCUUUAAUUUACAAUGUCUCUGGGCAUGUCGUACAAACCCAACGUCCACCAGCACGUUCCGGGAACUUCCGCGAACCAGGCAGUCGGGAAUAUCCAGUCUCCCUCGGCAGCCAACUUGGCCACGUUACAGUCCUACAGACCCCUCGUCAACGACUACGGACCACCUUCUUUGGGGUUUUCUCAGGGUUCGAGUGGCAACCAAGUGCCUCAGAGCAAAUAUGCAGAGCUGCUGGCCAUCAUCGAGGAGUUAGGGAAGGAGAUCAGGCCGACGUACGCUGGGAGUAAGAGUGCCAUGGAGAGGCUGAAAAGAGGGAUCAUCCAUGCCAGGGGCUUGGUGCGGGAGUGCUUGGCUGAGACGGAGCGGAAUGCCAGGUCCUAGCCGCCGCCGCCACACCGCCACACCGCCCCCCCCCGUCUGCAAGAACAACCCACAUCGUACGUCUCGUUAUGAAAAAAACAACAACAAAAAACUGUCGCAUGAUCUAUUUCCUUUGUGAGGAGGAGGAGGAGGUGAACACAACGGACGGAACAGCUCAGAAUAUUACCAUAGCAUCAUCAUAAUAAUAAUUGUAUCAUGACUUGUUAGGGGGGUUUUUCGGAAGAGAUCAUUAUACUCGCGUGGGGUUAUUGGAAUACAAAAUGGGAGGACAAGUGUUUUUUUAAAUUGUUUUUAACGCCCCACUUUUGGGGUUCUUAGUUUUUACUUCAUAUUUAAAGCGUUGAUUUAUGCAUGCGAAACGGGCCCGCGGAAUAAGUGUAGAUGCUGCAUGGCUUGUACAGGGCUAGUAGGCUAGGAGAGGAGGGGGACUCCUUUUUUUUGGAUAGAAUCCGGUCUGUUUUUCGGACCCUUACAACACACGUGGGUGAGUGCGUAACGAGAAGACACGUGCCAAAUGCAAUAGUUUGCUCGCGUGGGAGGAUGUUUUUGGUAUGAAAAGGAAAAUGCUGUUACUUGCAUCUUUGUAUGUAUUUAUUACUCCGUGUAAUAAAUUGUA